CAUCGCUUCCUUUCUCCUCUUCUCUCCCUCUGCCUCCAUCGUCGCUUCUCUGCGCUGCCUUCUCUCGUCCUGACGCGCUCUGUUGUUCUCUGCUGCUGCAUCCCUCCUCUGGCUCCCUUUUUCAUUCUGUCCAUUCCCUCCCUCCCUCCCUCCCUCUUUUCCUCGCUUGCUGCAUUCUUUCCGCUGGUGCCCGGUUCGAUAUUUGCCACCCGAUCGCCCUCCCCGACCUCCCCAGCCACUGCUGCAUUCCUCCCCCGGGCUGCCUGGCUCAUUCCCUCCAUCCUUUCCCUCAUCCCUCGCUCCCUCUGCUUCUUCAUCCUUCAAACUUCUGGAUGGGGCCUCCUCCUUCAGCCACAGGCGCCUUGGCUUUCGGGGUAGAGUAGCCCCCGGCCCUUAAGGAGAGGGUUGCCCAGGUUGCCAACUCUUGCCUUCCUUCCUUCCUUCCUUCCUUCCUUCCUUCCUUCCUUAGCCACCAUUCCAAGCAAAACAAUACACCCUUUGGACCAUUAGAGCACCCCCAAAAAGAGGAGGAAGAAAGCAAUGCAGGUGCGGUGGAAGAGCGAGGAACUCCAAGCCCCAGUGGGAUUCUAACAGCGAGGUCUUUGCGCUACAUUUGGCCAGUGGCUCCCCCUGUCACCUAGGAUGAGUAACUGCAGCAGCCGUGCCUUGACCCUACUGUCUAGUGUUUUUGGAGCGUGCGGGCUGCUCCUGGUGGGCAUUGCUGUCAGUACGGACUACUGGCUGUUCAUGGAGGAAGGGAUUGUAUUUCCACAGAACCAGACCACGGAGAUAGUCAUGGCGCUCCACGCUGGCCUCUGGAGGGUCUGCUUCUUUGCUGGUCAGAAAAAAGGCAGUUGUGUUGCUUCUGAAUACUUCCUUGAACCGAGGCCCGACCCUGAUCCCGAAGGCCCCCUUGUUACAGAGAACACAGAAAACAUCCUCAAGACCAUCCGCACAGCCACACCUUUCCCCAUGGUCAGCCUCUUCCUCGUCUUCACAGCAUUCGUCAUUAGCAAUAUUGGACAUAUCCGCCCCCAGAGGACCAUCCUAGCCUUCGUUUCUGGAAUCUUCUUCAUCCUCUCUGGGCUCUCUCUGGUCGUAGGCUUGGUCCUGUACAUCUCCAGCAUCAACGAUGAAGUGAUGAACCGUCCCAGUGGCUCUGAGCAGUAUUUCCAGUACCGCUACGGAUGGUCCUUCGCUUUUGCUGCUUCUUCCUUCUUGCUCAAAGAGGGCGCAGGCGUGAUGUCUGUCUACCUCUUCACCAAACGCUAUGCUGAGGAAGAAAUGUACCGCCCUCACCCAGCCUUCUACCGCCCACGACUGAGCGACUGUUCUGACUACUCAGGCCAGUUCUUGCACCCCGAGGUGUGGCACCGUGGACGCAGCCCCUCUGACAUCUCUAGCGAUGUUUCCAUCCAGAUGACUCAGAACUACCCACCAGCCAUCAAGUACCCCGAACAUAUGCACAUAUCCACCUCACCUUGCUAGACGCACCAGAGAACAUGCUGGACAAGGAAGCCAGCCUUUGCUUGCAGACUAUAUUGUCCUACCCCUACCUGCCUAGGAGACUCCUGUACCAGUUGGACCGGUCUUUCCCUCUCUGAAGACUCUUUACCAUCUGCUCUGCUAGAGAUGUCCUCCCCCUGCCCUCUCUUUCUCUUUCUCUUUGUCUGGCUGGUGGGAAUUUCAACCAACUUUUAAGAUUGCCAAUGCCCCUCCUCCCCAUUCCUGCUUGGAAACUGUCCUAAUCUUCUUGUCUCUGCUGGGAAACAUGGCUACCAAAUUGAAAAAUCCCACCUCAAAAACUCAGUCACGUAUGUCCUGCUCAAUCUCCACAGAGCAGUGGAAUUUCCCAGUUCGGUUAUGCCGCCUCAGAAUACCUCUCCUUUCACUCAGGUGGUUGGAAAUCCUAGCAGAAAGUGGCUCAUCUAGCAUGUUCCAUCUCUUUUCUUCAAAGAUGCUUUGACAGGAAAUAGCCUCCAAAAACAGCUACAGCAUUCAGUACAUGAGAGGAAGAAGUGAACAUUUUCCCCAACAAAGCCAAUUUCUGACAAGAGAUGGUUCCAUGCCACCAUCAUCUUCUGUCCAAACACACAAAAUCAGUAACAUUGAUAGGAAAUAAUGGACUUACUUUUGUUGUUUCUCUUGUUUUCUCACUAUAUAAAUGGUAUCUCCUUGCCAUAUUUAUCCCCCACGGCUCAAAGGCCAGAUUUCUUUGGGCACAUUCACCUAAGCUAAUUAAUUUUAAAUGCUAGUUUCUUAGGUGAUGGCAAGAAUGUUAGUUUGGCCAAAAGUGAACAGGUAAAACGAUUCUCUUUUUCUUUUUCAUCAUUUCAGUUUGUGACAUAGCUGAGAUUGUUGCUAUGUUCAGUUGUCUCAAGAUAUCUAGCCCUCUAAGAAAAGAAUUCUUCAGUUUACUCCUUUCAGUAUUUCCACCUCUAGCAUGAAACUGGUCCCUUACUAUUUUCUGAAUCUUAAAUAUCCUGACAGGAAAUAACCAGGUUGCCAUUUUGGUAUGCUCACCUAUGACCAAUUGAGCAAUUGUCCUGUGUGGCUUUGCUAUUACCUCAGAUAUUCUCCCCUAAAUUCCUAAAACCAAGUGCCCAUUCAAUCUUAGAUUGGCUAAAAUAUGGUCUCUUUCUGUCAGAAAAUGACCUGAUUGCCAUGUUUUUUCCCCUCAGUCUGGCAUGGCAUUUGAAAUUCCUUCCAAUGCCUCACACCAUUUGCCUUCUUGCUGCCUCUGGUUCCUUGCUUGUCCACCAUCUUUACUUUCUACAACAUUUUGAAGGAGAAUCCAUCAUUUCUAUUUGAAGAGACAUUUUUAUUUGUGCCCCCACAAGUGAGAGACGAUUAAAACACAAUUAUAGAGGGGUGAGGAAAUAACUGUCUUCCAGCCGUCAAUGCCUCAAAUAUUCUCACUCCACAUUCAGUUGCCCAUCAGCAGGUGCUGCAGCCAUGCCAUGGCACCAGUGGAAACUCUUACAAACUUUUGGCAAGCAUGCUCCCUUCAGUCAUUAUGCUGCUUGAGGUCAUGGAGGCUAAAACUAAAGAGGGAAAAGGAGAAGGAGAGAGAGAAGGAAUAUUUUCUCUAGCUACACUUGGAAGUAGAUUUUAACCCCUUAUUUGUUUCCUUUUCCUUCCCACUUUUCCCUUGUGCAUUUUUGUUCUGAAUGUAUUCAAAGGCUUCUUCUUUCUGCUUCAGUGUCUUCUAAAUUUUACUCUCUUUUUUUGUUUGCUUGCCAAUUUCCCCUCCUCCCUCUGCUUCCUAAACUCAUUUGUGUUUUUUGCUGUCUGUUCUGUUCUUUGUAAUUUGCUCCAUUUUCAUCUUCCUCUGCUUUUCUCAUUUUAUUGUUAGUCUGCACUUCUGCAAGGACUCAGGAUGCACAAUUGUCUUCUUUCUUUCUUGUCCAUGCUUCCCCCCCCCCAUCUCAUUGAAUUCCUUUAAAGAUUUCUUUGUUUUAAAACAUAUUCCCAUUUCCGCCCUCUCCUUUUAAAACUCUUUACUUUCCAGUUCUUCCUUUCCUUCUCUCUCUGUAUUGCUCAACAGCUCCUUUGUAAUUCCAGCUCCUGCUCACCCCAAGAGGGUUCAGGGUUCAGGAAAGAAAGGAAAGAUGAAAUGAGUGUUGAGGAUGAUGGUGAUACAAAAAUGAAGUGGGCAAGAGAAUGCUGGAGUAUGGAAACUGAACUCAAGGAAUGUGGCAGAAGGGAGAGGAACAGAAGAAGAAAAAAUAUUGUAAAUGGUAGGAAAUGGUACAAGAAAUGAAGAGAUACCUCUGGAUGAGAUGUUAGAUCAAAAGGUGGGGAUGGCAAGGAGGAGGAAACUUGCUUUGUUUCUCACUGUCAGACAUGAGGGGAAGCUCAAACUCUAUCCAUUCCCUGAGUAAAAAUCAACUUUAUGUCUAUCUUUCCAAAUUGCAUUUUUGCCUGGGCAGGGAGGGGGGGAUAUAUUUUCACCCUAUUAGAUUUCCUGCUUAUCACCAGACUAUUUCCAUUCCAUACUAAAUCAUGGGAAACCUUUUCCUCUAUUUCUGUUAUAAAGAAUGAGGAAUAAGUUGCAUUGCUACUAGGCUAAGUCAGAUUCCCAAGACAUUAAAAUAGGGUUUCUUAACUAAGGUUCCCCAGAACCCUAGGGUUCUGCAAGAGGAGAUUGUGAUGGGGGGAUAUUAUGCUGCAAAAAUAAUUUUAAUGCAAAGGUUCCCUGAGACCUGAAAAUAAUUUCAAGGGUUCCUCCAGGUAAAAAGGUUGGGAGAGGCUGCAUUAGAAGAUUAAUCAGAAAGGAGUGGGGUCCCACCAAGAAUGGGGAAUUUGCAUUAUAUUUGUAACCAAUAUGGAAACGUGUCAUCUUGCAGAGAAAGGUAAAGGGCUGCCUCAUGGCACUGCCUCCCUACUCCUUUUCUCAGUUUGACCCUGGCUUGCCAUUUACUACAUUAGAAUCAGAGUGUAAACCAUCUUGUGCAGAUGCUGUAGAAACUGAAGAGGAAGGGAAGGCUGCAAGGACUUUUGAAGGGUAAGGAGCAGAUGCCUGCAACUGCUCUCAUGCUGUGGUUAUGAAAAGGGAUAGGAAAAAGAGAUACCGCUGAAUCAGCUUUCAACAGGGGGAAAAAGUUCUCUUUUUUCCUGUCUUCUCUUCCUCCUGCUACUGAGUCAGCACCAGCUGCAGUUAAGUUCACCUUCUUGUAUUGCUUAGGAGAUCAGAAUCCAGCACUGGUCCUGUUAUGAGUGCAUGCGCCUGUGCAUAUGUGUAUGGAUGUAUGCUUAGUCUUUCUAUCUAUCUAGUAAUUUAUCUGCAACAUCACAUUCUGUCCCCAUUUUCCACCCCCUCACUUUGGGAAGUACGCAAGGGUCAAGAAGCAUCAUCUACUGCAAAAGUGUGCUUACCAUUUUGAAAAAAGAGUAUCCUUUCCCUUUUAGGGCUCCACAUCACUUCAGGACUAUCAAGAAUAAAGGGAAGAAUCAGAACAGUAGUGUAGCAAUAGGGGGCAUUGCCCUCCCUCAAAUAAGAAUUCUGCUUCUUCAAAUUACAUUUUCCUCCACAAAUUGCAGAGUAAGACACGGAAAACUGUUCAAAGCUUGACUUCUCAUACAGUAUAUGCUUUAUUUGCAGUCCCUUGGUAACUGUGCCGGUCCCUUUUCUUUGGAUGUCUAAAUUGUAUUUCUAAAAGUUCAACUGAAGUUUUAAGUUACUGUAAUGCUGGAAAUUUGGGGAGUGUAGGAAAAUUUUAUGGGGGGGGGGGCAGAAUCUCUAUUUGAAGGGUAAUGCUCUAAUUUUGUCAUUCCCUCCCGUAACUACUGUGCAUCCUUGCAGCAGAGUAUUUCUGAAGUACAAGGCUAGAGUUGUAAAACAGCAUCUGUCUACUCAAAAUGGUAGUCCCUGGACCAGGGUUGGUUCCUGGCUACCACUCCCUAGCAAACUGGAAAAAAGAAAAAGAGAAGAUGAUCCAUGAGGCACUGGUUGUCAGUACUGGGAAACCUGCUGGAGAGUGUGGGUCUCAGCAAGGUACUCUGGCUCACCAUCCAAAUGGCCAUGUUCAAUUUGAAACAGGAUAUGCCAGUCAAGGUUCACCAGAGAAUGGUUGACCCAUUGGAAGAGAAGCUGGAAGCAUGGGAAGCUCAGGGAUACCCUGAAAUAAGUGUUUUGCAGUCAAGGGCUUCUGCUUCUGCUCUUGUCUUGUCCCCAGAGCCUCAAUUUUUUGCUUUGCUGUGUGAGCCAAGCUUGCAUAGAAACACCAGACUGGAAAAGUAAUGAGUUUUUAGCAUCCCCAGAGAGUCAACAAGAUGAAAGAUAGCAGGAAAGAAUGCAAAUCUUAUUUCUUAAGUUCACAGCAUGAAAAACAUGUUUUUGAAAAUGUAACUUGCCCAAGUUCUGGAAGAAGUAAAAGCAAAGUAGAGGGGAGAAGGAUUGGAGAUGCCAUCAGGGCAAGAGCAGCAAAAGUCACCAAACAGCAAUAAAGAUGGAACAUCCAGGCCUGAAGUCUUGUUGUAGGGGCAGGUUCUGGUGCAAAGAAAGGGGACUUUGGAUUCCCUUUCUUAUUUUGCCAUUUCCAAAUAAACUUGGCAGAUUCAGAAAUAAAAAAGGCCAGCAACCUAUGACACUUUUCCCUACCCUCCUACUGUCCCAGUUUGGCAGGGAUGGCCCUGGUCAAUCCUCUGCUAACCCACUUUCUCAGCUUCUUUUUAAGGCCAUUACUGCAGGCAGCUUUUAAACCAUGAUUACACUGGCAAUGAAGCAGCUUUGGCAAUACUCAUAGCUACCCCAUCCUGCUUAUGCGUAUCGCCAAAGCCACUUCUUUUGAAGCUAGUGCCUCAUAACCCCCUAAGUGUCCCAGUUUCUCUCUCCUUCUCCCACUUUCCUCCUUUUUCCUGGCUUACUUCACUUGCUGCAAACCGAGUUCAAAGUGCACAGCAGAAGAGAAAGGAGAGCAGAGGUGUGUAUAGAUACUUGCUCUCCAAUAGGCUCAGAUUUCCCUAAACAGUACAUAAAUUCCAUGGUCCCGCUUUCUGGAGCUUGUAGUUUUAUGUGUUCUUCCUCAUUAAUAACGUUUGCUCUCUUGUUGCUUGGCCACACCCUUUUGACCCCAUUCAUGUUGUUUGGCCACACGUGUCCCUGUUUUCACCUGUGAAAUGUUGGUUGGCAUUUUUGUUUCCUUUGACAUACAGCCAUCUGGCAUCCCUUUGCACCUGGGCCACUGGCUUAGUAGAGAUGGAGUUCUGCAGUAAAGAAGCAAAAGUCCAAAUUGGGCCUAUGUUAACAGAGGGCAUAGCUAACAAAAACCAUCCAAGUAAUGCUGUCAACUUUCUGAAUGGCCAUCCAAGCUGUGCCUUAAACAGCAGCUUGAGGUUAGCAGUCCAGACUGCAACACAAGAGACCAGGGUUCACUUCCUCGCUUGGGUGAGUCACACACUCUGAGCCCCAGAAAAACCUGUGAUAGGGUAGCCUUAGGGUCACCCUAAGUCAGAAAUGACUUGAAGGCACAUGACAACAACAGUCAUAGGAUUAAAAGUGAUAGACAUCAUUUGGCCCUCCGCAGGUGGUUGGACUGCAACUCCUAACAAUCUUAGACAGGAUAGCCAAAGCUGAGGAAUGCUGGGAGCUGCAGUUCAGCACUAUUGGAAGGGAAACAUGAUUCCUGCCCUCGGGUUAAAUUAAUAUUAGCACUCAACCCUAUGCUUAUUUACUCAAAAGUAAACAGGCAUGACACAUGUACAUAGGUUUACCUGUAAUCCUAUGGAACUUGCUUCUGUGAAGAC